GGAGAGAGGGAGCGUCUGAUAGAAGACAGGAGGAGAGAGGGAGAGUCUGACAGAAGACAGGAGGAGAGAGGGAGAGUCUGACAGAAGACAGGUGGAGAGAGGGAGAGAGGGAGAGAGGCAGUUCCACAGGCAGACGAUAGAAGCGGAUUGAUCUCUCUCUCUUGCGCUGUAGUCGGUCCUGUCUACCGGGAGCUGCUCGAGCGUUUCCUGAUUUUUUCCACUCUAACCACCGCCAAUUCCCCGUUAGAGCUCGAGGCCUCCACUUGUACCAUUUUCGUUAGUUUUGGGAAAGGAAAGGGGGGUGUAAAUCGCGUGUUGUCUGUCUGGGAACAUCGGCUAAACCCAGGGCUACAGCUCAUCUGGGUCAGAACCUCACGACCAGAAGCACCAGGUCUCCGGUAAAACGAUGGAGGACCUGGACCUUCCCCAGAUGAAGAGAGAGGUGGAGAGUCUUCAGUACCAGCUGGCCAUCAACAGAGAGAAAUCCUCCAUCACUGUUACUGAGCUGGUGAAAUGGAUCGAGGGGUGUGUGUGUGACGACCCGUUCCUGAACCCAGAGCUGAUGAGGGCCAACCCCUGGGUGGAGAAAGGCAAAUGUGUGAUCCUCUAACGGACGCACACACGGAUACACACAACACUGAGACACACACACACACACACACACACACACACACACACACACACACACACACACACACACACACACACACACACACACACACACACACACACACACACACACACACACACACACACACACACACACACACACACACACACACACACACACACACACACACACACACACACACACACACACACACACACACACACACACCAAGUUAUCCCGUCCUAUUUAUUUGUACAUCCAUGUCUAUGGUUUUAGUUGAAAGUAGUCCCCUUCCUUCCUGUGAGCAGAAUGUCCUGCAUUGAAAGUAGUCCCCUUCCUUCCUGUGAGCAGAAUGUCCUACAUUGAAAGUAGUCCCCUUCCUUCCUAUGAGCAGCAUGUCCUGCAUUGAAAGUAGUCCCCUUCCUUCCUGUGAGCAGCAUGUCCUGCAUUGAAAGUAGUCCCCUUCCUUCCUAUGAGCAGCAUGUCCUGCAUUGAAAGUAGUCCCCUUCCUUUCUGUGAGCAGAAUGUCCUGCAUUGAAAGUAGCUCCCUUCCUUUGUUAAAAGAACCAGAUAGAAGUUUGUUGUUAACUAAAAUCACACUUUUUAUUGGCUUUUUACCCCACUGUCAAUCAGAAUACAAAUGUUUUUAUUGGCUGUUUCCACUGUCAUUCAAACAUAAUAAAGAGGUUGUUUGACA